UUCUAUAUAAAACUUAAACAGGCUGUGGUCCGCUGAAACAGUUGACCGGACGACGACACUGAUUUUACAUCAUGAAUCAUAGAUCCAUCAAAGUAAUUUUGCUUUUGAUCAGUGUUUUCAGUGGUAUGGCUCCGAAUAAAUAUGAUGGCUACAAAUUGUUUGAAGUGAACAUCAAAUCCGGCCACGAAGUCGAGCUUUUGGUACAUCUUCAGAGCAACCGGCCAGGAAUUGACAUCUGGGGUUUGGAUCGGUUGGGGCCCAAACGGCUGCUAGUGCCUCCGCCGGCACAGAAUAUGACCGAAACAUACUUUAAACACUAUCGACUAAACUAUACCGUAAAAGCAGAAGAUUUCGGAAAAAACUAUGCCAUGAGUCAACAUCUUCAGCAACCGAUGGAAGAUCAAACCUUCCAGAACAGUUUUCCCACGUACGAUGAAAUCAACGAUUAUCUGAUGCAAAUGGCAACGGAAAAUUUCGAAUGGAUUCGUAUUCGAAUUAUCGGUUGGUCAGUUGAAGGUCGUCCUAUUCGGGCGAUUACGCUUAACCAUAAGAAGACGGAUACUAUCAUAGUGGAUGCAGGAAUUCACGCAAGAGAAUGGAUUACGGUUUCCACUGCACUUUAUCUGAUCAAGAAAUUGAUUGAAGAUAGUGACCAGUAUCGGUAUUUGCACGAUUACAAAUGGGUGAUCGUUCCGCUCGUCAAUCCGGAUGGAUAUAUUUACUCGAUGACAACGGAUCGCUACUGGCGGAAGAACCGUCGGGUGGUCAAUAAUAAAUGUUUUGGAGUAGACAUAAACCGCAACUUUGGCUUCUCUUGGGAAUCGGGUGCUGAUUUGUACUCGAAGGAAUGCCAUCCUGGUUUUCGAGGAACGGCACCGUUUUCGGAACCCGAGGCUAGAGCACUGCGAAGCGUUUUGGACAGUAAUGACGAAGCGAAACUGUACAUUAGUUUGCACAGCUAUGGAGGAUAUUUCAUCUUUCCGUGGAGUCAUGACAGUACCACGGUACAGAAUGUUGCCAAUCUGCGUCAGGUGGGUGUUGGUGCCGCUCGUGCUAUAUGGCAUUACAGUAGAAACGAGUACAAGGUUGGUUCGAGUGCCGAGAUUUUACGUUAUCAGGCUACAGGAACUAGCAUCGACUAUGCGUACUCCAUUGGAAUCGAGCUGCCGUUUGCGAUGGAAAUUGCCGAAUAUGGUUACAGUGAUUUUCAACCACCAUCCAGUGCCAUUGACCAGAUCGUGAAGGAGUCUUUUGUGGGCAUCAAAGAAAUGGUUUAUGCGGUGAAAAAUCUGAACACAAAGAAACCGUCGAAACCUACUUUGAGAAGUCGGGGACGGGGCUAGGAUUGUUCGAGAACGAUGCAAUGGUAUUACGUGAUUUUGAAACUGUAUUUGAAAAAUAAAGUAAUUGAGUUAUGUUUUCCUAACAAUAUCCAAAA